AUGCCACCAGUCCUCUCGCCUCCAUUGAUCACAAUGUCAUCCGGCCUGAGCUACUUCUCGAGGGCAACUGGAAGCAGUGGCUCCUGCACGCAAUCUAUCGGUAGCGAUGAUUCUUGGUCUCGUCACAGUGGUAUUACGUCCCAGCCGCCGCCGAUGUAUGGCACUCCAGGCGACAGUCCUACCGUUUACCACCCAAGCACUAAAAGAACGUCACCGCCACACCUUGAACGUGGACCCUUGGACGCUCAGAGUGCUGCCGCGAGGCCUCUGAAGCCUAUUUCUCCAGACUUUAACUUCUCCAUGCCCUACAGCGGACUGCCGGUGACUUCCCAGAUUACUACCGGCAUUCCUGCACCGUCAGGGACAACACUGCCACGUCCUAUGUCCCACUACCCGGAGUGGGAUCAUCCUGCUCGCUUGCCGGCGGAAUCUCUGAGACGUGAAUACGACUUCGCCAGGUCAUACGAGACUCCGGAAUACAUGGUUGAGCGAAACAGUCGACGAGCUGCUGAUAAAUUCAAAGGCACCACAAGAUAUCACUCACAAAGGAGACCAUCUAACCGGGAUGAGUUUGACGGCCCCCAUCAACUACUAGAGCCUCCCUCCCCACGUGUGAUGGCGGCGCAAGGGAGAGAUUUGCCUCAUCUACCUACUAAUCUUGAUGUUUCAGAGCAAGAUCGUAUUCUGUCGUCGGUGAAUGAGCGAUUGUCGCAAUGCGCAUUCGACUUUGUUGCAAAGUACCAAUUUCCGAUUCCACUGGAACCGGACAAGAGACAGGUGAGAGUGCCCUCAGACCGUGAAUGGACUGAGUGGGUAUACCUCCUCAAAAGACUGGCCACCAAGCGGCGGAUCCCCGCCAGGGUCCUCUAUAAUGGCCAGAUUAAGCAGCUAGUCACUAUACUGGAAAAUUCCUUGGAGAUGAGACAUGCUGCCAAGCACCAGUCCAGGCCCAUUAAAGACGACCGAAACGUUCUUCAGCUGAUCUCUGCCGGCACGCAGGUGGCCAAGAUUCUCAAGGAUGCCACUGCAAUGGAUUAUCUUGACCGUCUUUAUGUUGACACGGAGAAGCGCAUCCAAGACCGGCGCAGUCGUCGGGUGAAAUUUACCGGCCCCUGA